UUAAACGCAAAUCUCUCUAUUCUACUCUCUCUUUUCUCCUUCUCUCUCUCUUAUAUACAUACAUUCAUAUAAGGGAGCUAUACGCAUAGAGCGAAAAAGUGGAAGCAGCCAUGGGCGGCUACUGGAGGCGAAGUGGAUCUCAGAUCGUUGUUGCUGCUAUUCUCUUCUUAGGUUGUCUAUCUGCAAUUUCCAUUGCGAAAGAGGAGGCAUCAAAGUUGGGGACAGUUAUUGGGAUAGAUCUUGGAACUACAUAUUCUUGUGUUGGUGUUUAUAAGAAUGGUCAUGUCGAAAUUAUAGCCAAUGACCAAGGAAACCGUAUCACCCCAUCAUGGGUUGCUUUCACCGACGGUGAAAGAUUGAUUGGUGAGGCUGCCAAGAAUCAGGCAGCAGUCAACCAUGAAAGGACUGUCUUCGAUGUCAAAAGACUUAUCGGAAGAAAGUUUGAUGACAAAGAAGUCCAAAAGGAUAUGAAAUUAUUUCCCUACAAAAUCGUGAAUAAAGAUGGCAAGCCAUAUAUUCAAGUCAAAAUGAAGGAUGGAGAGACAAAGGUCUUCAGUCCAGAGGAAAUAAGCGCUAUGAUCCUAGUUAAAAUGAAGGAGACAGCAGAAGCUUUUCUUGGAAAGAAAAUCAAGGAUGCUGUUGUUACUGUUCCAGCUUACUUCAAUGAUGCCCAAAGGCAGGCUACAAAGGAUGCUGGUGUCAUUGCUGGCCUAAAUGUUGCCAGAAUUAUCAAUGAACCAACUGCCGCUGCCAUUGCAUACGGGUUGGACAAAAAAGGUGGUGAGAAGAACAUCCUUGUUUUUGAUCUUGGUGGUGGAACUUUUGAUGUCAGCGUCUUGACUAUCGAUAAUGGUGUUUUCGAGGUCCUUUCCACAAAUGGAGACACACAUCUAGGAGGUGAGGAUUUUGACCAAAGAAUUAUGGAGUAUUUCAUUAAGUUGAUCAAGAAGAAGCACGGAAAGGACAUCAGCAAGGACAACAGAGCCCUUGGAAAACUGAGGAGAGAAUGUGAACGUGCCAAGAGAGCAUUGAGUAGCCAGCACCAAGUUCGUGUAGAAAUCGAAUCUCUCUUUGAUGGAACUGAUUUCUCUGAGCCAUUGACCAGGGCUAGAUUUGAGGAGUUGAACCAAGAUCUGUUCAGGAAGACCAUGGGACCUGUGAAGAAGGCUAUGGAUGACGCAGGGUUGCAGAAAAGCCAGAUUGAUGAGAUAGUUCUUGUUGGUGGAAGCACUAGGAUACCAAAGGUUCAGCAACUCCUUAAGGAUUACUUUGAUGGUAAAGAACCCAACAAGGGAGUGAACCCUGAUGAGGCAGUUGCCUUUGGUGCUGCCGUACAAGGAGGAAUUCUCAGCGGAGAGGGCGGUGAUGAGACUAAAGAUAUCCUUCUAUUGGAUGUGGCUCCACUUACUCUAGGAAUUGAAACCGUAGGCGGGGUGAUGACCAAAUUGAUUCCCAGAAACACUGUUAUUCCAACCAAGAAAUCCCAAGUUUUCACAACUUACCAAGAUCAGCAGACUACUGUGUCCAUUCAGGUCUUUGAAGGUGAAAGGACUCUUACAAAGGAUUGUAGGCUUCUUGGAAAGUUUGAUCUCUCUGGAAUACCACCUGCCCCAAGGGGAACACCUCAAAUAGAAGUCACGUUUGAGGUUGAUGCAAAUGGUAUCUUGAAUGUCAAGGCAGAAGACAAAGGAACUGGUAAGGCCGAGAAGAUUACCAUCACCAAUGACAAUGGUCGAUUGAGCCAAGAAGAGAUUGAGCGAAUGGUUCAGGAGGCAGAAGAGUUUGCCGAAGAAGACAAAAAGGUUAAAGAAAGAAUUGAUGCCCGCAACAGCCUGGAGACUUACACCUAUAACAUGAAGAACCAAAUCAAUGACAAAGACAAGCUUGCUGACAAGCUCGAAGCAGAUGAAAAGGAGAAGAUUGAAAGUGCCGUAAAGGAGGCUCUCGAAUGGCUAGAUGACAACCAGUCUGCUGAGAAAGAAGAUUACGAUGAGAAGCUCAAAGAGGUAGAAGCUGUUUGUAACCCAAUUGUCACAGCAGUAUACCAAAGAUCUGGUGGAGCUCCCGGGGCCGAAGGUGCAGAAGCAGAAGAUGAGGACCAUGAUGAGCUAUAGGUAAACAUUAGAAUCUAUCAACCACUGAAGAUGAUCAGAAGCAAGAAGUGAGGAGUUAGGCAGAAAUUAGUGUAGUUUUGGGUGCACGGGUUCUGAGAACAUCCCUUCUUCACAUGUGUUUGUUAAGGUGCAGAUACGUUAAAAGAACAAAUUGUUUUUCUUGUUCAAUUGUUGAAAAGGAAAUUUUUGUACGUUUUAAAAGUAUACUGUUAUAUUAUUAUUUUGGUGAACGGGAAUGGCACCUCUUUCUCUA